CUUUGACCUGCGCCGCUUCCGGUUGAAGACGUGGCUCGGGGCCGCCAUCUUGGCAAGAGGCGAAGCGGCAGCGGCCCCUGUCAAGCGGGCAGCAGAUCCAGAGCGGUCCGUGCUCCCCUUCCCCAGACCCUCCCCCUAUCCCCAGUGGAGCCGGAGAGCGGGCGCGCCCCACCACCGCCCUCACCAUGGUGCUGUUGGCAGCAGCGGUCUGCACAAAAGCAGGAAAGGCUAUUGUCUCUCGACAGUUUGUGGAAAUGACCCGAACUCGGAUUGAGGGCUUAUUAGCAGCUUUUCCAAAGCUCAUGAACACUGGAAAACAACAUACGUUUGUUGAAACAGAGAGUGUAAGAUAUGUCUACCAGCCUAUGGAGAAACUGUAUAUGGUACUGAUCACUACCAAAAACAGCAACAUUUUAGAAGAUUUGGAGACUCUAAGGCUCUUCUCAAGAGUGAUCCCUGAAUAUUGCCGAGCCUUAGAAGAGAAUGAAAUAUCUGAGCACUGUUUUGAUUUGAUUUUUGCUUUUGAUGAAAUUGUCGCCCUGGGAUACCGGGAGAAUGUUAACUUGGCACAGAUCAGGACCUUCACAGAAAUGGAUUCUCAUGAGGAGAAGGUGUUCAGAGCCGUCAGAGAGACUCAAGAACGUGAAGCUAAGGCUGAGAUGCGUCGUAAAGCAAAGGAAUUACAACAGGCCCGAAGAGAUGCAGAGAGACAGGGCAAAAAAGCACCAGGAUUUGGCGGAUUUGGCAGCUCUGCAGUAUCUGGAGGCAGCACAGCUGCCAUGAUCACAGAAACCAUCAUUGAAAGUGAUAAACCAAAAGUGGCACCUGCACCAGCCAGGCCUUCAGGCCCCAGCAAGGCUUUGAAACUUGGAGCCAAAGGAAAGGAAGUAGAUAACUUUGUGGACAAAUUGAAAUCUGAAGGUGAAACCAUCAUGUCUUCCAGUAUGGGCAAGCGUACUUCUGAAGCAACCAAAGUGCAUGCUCCACCUAUUAAUAUGGAAAGUGUACAUAUGAAGAUUGAAGAAAAGAUCACAUUAACCUGUGGACGAGACGGAGGAUUACAGAAUAUGGAGUUGCAUGGCAUGAUCAUGCUUAGGAUCUCAGAUGAUAAAUAUGGCCGAAUUCGUCUUCAUGUGGAAAAUGAAGAUAAGAAAGGGGUGCAGCUACAGACCCAUCCAAAUGUGGAUAAAAAACUUUUCACUGCAGAGUCUCUAAUUGGCCUGAAGAAUCCAGAGAAGUCAUUUCCAGUCAACAGUGAUGUAGGGGUGCUAAAGUGGAGACUACAAACCACAGAGGAAUCUUUUAUUCCACUGACAAUUAACUGCUGGCCCUCGGAGAGUGGAAAUGGCUGUGAUGUCAACAUAGAAUAUGAGCUACAAGAAGAUAAUUUAGAACUGAAUGACGUGGUUAUCACCAUCCCACUCCCGUCCGGUGUCGGCGCGCCUGUUAUCGGUGAGAUCGAUGGGGAGUAUCGACAUGACAGUCGACGAAAUACCCUAGAGUGGUGCCUGCCUGUGAUUGAUGCCAAAAAUAAGAGUGGCAGCCUGGAGUUUAGCAUUGCUGGGCAGCCUAAUGACUUCUUCCCUGUUCAAGUUUCCUUUGUCUCCAAGAAAAAUUACUGUAACAUACAGGUUACCAAAGUGACCCAGGUAGAUGGAAACAGCCCUGUCAGGUUUUCCACAGAGACCACUUUCCUAGUGGAUAAGUAUGAAAUCCUGUAACACCAAGAAGAGGGAGCUGAAAAGGAAAAUUUUCAGAUUAAUAAAGAAGACGCCAACGAUGGCUGACGAGUUUUUCCCAAAUUUACAAGCCA